AUGAAUUCAACUGUGCCAACAAGUGACAAUGAGGAGCAAUUUGAAGGCAAGUGGGUCUGCCAGAUCAUGACAGCAGAAGGAGUCAUCGGUGUCUUAGGAAACCUCUUAGUGUGCUUCGUCAUCCUACGUGCCAAAUGCUUACACAACCUGACCAACUAUCUGCUGGUGAAUUUGGCUGUUGCUGACAUGCUCCUGUGUCUACAUGCAUUUAUCUACUACCUGGUUACAGCAGAAGGCUGUGCACUGAUUUCUUUCGUUCCAGCAAGUCAGGGUGGAAGACAAAUUUUCUGUCGACUGCUAGCAUCCCGAUUCUCGGUGCGGGCGUUGUCCUAUGCAUCAGCUUACAAUCUCUGUGUGGUAACAUUAGAGAGAUAUGUCGCCAUAGUGCAUCCACUACAGUAUGAAAGAAAACUCACGGCAACACGGAUGAAAACUCUGAUUACUCUGAUCUGGAUGAUAUCAUUUGUUCUUUCUUUGCCUAUUCUGUUUACAAUCUACCCCAGCGAUGAUCCCGAGCAGGCUUGCUCAGAAAUCACGUACCCCCAUCAGAUGUUUCCAUUGAUUUUAAAUAUUGGUUCAUUUAUCUUGGGCUACCUAGUGCCCGUAACAUCGAUGAGUUUGGCCUACUACAAGAUGCAAGUUACUCUCAAAAGACAAGCAAAAGCUCUGAGACUGCAGCAAGCAAGAGAAGCAGCCUAUGAUCUUGUGAUUGCGAGACAGCGUCUAGUCAGCGUGCUUACAAUCGUCUUAGGAGCUUUUGUUAUCUUAUUGACGCCAGGGUUUGUGACUUAUCUUCUCUGUUUGCAUCCUACAGCCAAUGGUCCAUUUUCGUUCUGUGCUUCAAAGUACUAUAGAUACACAAGAGAAAUAUGCAAUCUUGCCUAUUAUCUUAACUCUGUCAUUAAUCCCAUUAUCUAUGAGUUUAAGUACAAGAAAUUUCGAAAAGCACUGAAGAGUGCUUUUUGCAGCUGUUUUAAAAAGCACAAUCGUAAUAGAGUUGACAUUGCGAUGGUACCGUUGUGA